GCACCUUCGAAUAGUGCAGGCAUAGCCACUUCUGCUCUAUGGGCUGCACUUUGCAUUCAGCUCAUUGAGGCUUGUUUGACAACAAUACACAACAGACGAAUGACUUCUUUCCACGUACAAAUAACACCUCAUCUGUUGCUGUUACAAUGGAUGCCAGUCCCUUCUUCCAGAUAUCCUCCCAUCUUGUUUGGAUUCUUGUAGACAAGUCAUACAUACAUAAAUAGCAGUACAUAAUUGCUUGACAGUCAUCCCAUGCUACUCCACUCAAUUGACUCUUGGAUUAAAACUUCCUUUUCUAGGCAAUGAUGGUUUCAACCACACUGCUGUCUGUCACGGCUGCCACCACCACAGUGGCUUGGGCCUCUCAGUCAGACAUGUCGGGUUACUUGUGGCUCUUGAUAUUGGGCUUCGUAAUUGCAUUUGUCCUGGCUUUGUCCGUUGGGGCCAACGAUGUGGCCAACUCCUUUGGUACGGCAGUCGGCUCCGGGGUGGUCACCUUGCGACAGGCCUGCGUCCUGGCCACCGUCUUUGAAACGGUGGGCUCGGUCCUGCUGGGUGCCAAGGUCAGCGAGACCAUCCGUAAGGGCAUCAUUGAUGUUCAGAUGUACAACAGCUCUGAACAUGUCCUCAUGGCGGGGUCAAUAAGUGCAAUGUGUGGCUCUGCUGUGUGGCAGUUGGCUGCAUCAUUCCUGAGGCUUCCCAUUUCAGGAACUCACUGCAUUGUGGGAGCCACAAUAGGAUUUUCCAUGGUAGCGAGAGGUCAUCAUGGGGUCAAAUGGAUAGAGCUUCUCCGCAUAGUGGCAUCCUGGUUCCUGUCACCAGUGCUGUCUGGCAUCUUGUCAGGGGUUCUUUUUCACUUUGUCCGCAAACUCAUUCUUAAUAAGGCUGACCCGCUCCCGAAUGGCCUCCGAGCUCUUCCAUUGUUCUACGCCAUCACCGUUGGCAUCAACCUGUUCUCAAUCAUGUUUACAGGCGCACCAAUGCUGGGCUUUGACAGAGUGCCAUGGUGGGGUAUGGUGGGCAUCUCGCUAGGAUGUGGUGUCAUUACGGCAUUGGUGGUUUGGUUUGUUGUCUGCCCACACCUGGAAAGGAAAAUAAAACAAAAAAUAGGUGCUGCUCCCUGUGAGACUCCUCUAAUGGAGAAGAACGCUAAUCACCAUGCUCAAGCAGUGGACAUAUCAAAAGCCCACCAACCUCAUCCUCAGAGCCCUCCAAAAGACAGUCAGAAUAUUGCUUUUAAACUAGGAGGCUCUGAAGAAGCUGACCUUGACAUGGACGCCAAAGACUUGCUUGUUACCAAUGGAGUAGAUAUCAAUGUUGGUCCCACGAUGAUCACAGACCCUCACAGUGGACGACUGCACGCAAUCCAGAAAGACUCGGGUCUUUAUAAAGACGUGCUACACAAGCUACACAUGGCUAAGGUCGGUGACAGUGACACAGAGGAGCGGCCCAUUCGGAGAAACAACAGCUACACCUCCUACACCAUGGCCAUCUACGGCAUCCAGGGAGAAACUAAUAGCAAGGACAAUGAUGACUGGAGGAGAUCCAGAGUGGACAGCUACAGCAGCUUCAGUUCAGUAAUAACCAGAGGAAGCUCAGCAAAGAAUUCCAGUGUGACACAGGAGGCAACUUGGCAGCAUCCUCCUGAGGAAGAUGAGCUGGAGCUUGACCACCCAGCUGUUUCUUCCCUUUUCCGGUUCUUGCAGAUACUAACGGCAUGCUUUGGCUCCUUUGCACAUGGUGGCAAUGAUGUCAGCAAUGCUAUCGGUCCCCUUGUGGCCCUCUGGCUUCUGUACGAGAGCGGUUCUGUUGCAUCCAAUGCACCAACUCCUAUCUGGCUACUUCUCUAUGGCGGAGUAGGAAUUUGCAUUGGACUCUGGGUAUGGGGCCGAAGGGUAAUUCAGACCAUGGGCAAGGAUCUUACCCCCAUUACACCUUCUAGUGGCUUCAGCAUUGAGUUGGCCUCCGCUCUAACAGUUGUUGUGGCGUCCAAUGUUGGGCUUCCUGUCAGCACAACACACUGCAAGGUGGGGUCCGUGGUGGUUGUAGGAUGGUUGCGCUCAAGAAAAUCAGUGGACUGGCAUUUGUUCAGGAACAUAUUUAUUGCCUGGUUUGUCACUGUUCCUGUCUCAGGUCUCAUCAGUGCUGCCAUCAUGGCUCUUUUCGUCCAUGUCAUUCUGUGAUCACAAUCUUCAGUCAGUAACUUCAAUCGAUAGCCAACAGUCUUUGUUGAUGAGAAUUUUUUUUAAUUUAACUUUAUGUAAUAAUAUGUUAUUUUUGUCAUGGACUGUAAUUGUGAAGUAAGCUAAAAAAAAAAAAAAAAAGAAGGUCAUAUGGAGCAUGAGGCAUGUAGUACUUCAUUUAAAAAAACGGAAUAAAGCCAUUUACAAUAGGACAAAACAUUUUGUAGCUUUAAUGGAAAAGGCUAACUUCUCUCAGCAACAUUAAAGCAACCUUUGGCUCAACAACAAACAUACGUGAUAUGAUAUGUUUUCAGUUAAUAAAAUUCAUCAUUAAAACAGG